ACAACAAAUAUGAAUUUCGAGUGCGCUUGCGAAGGUUAGGGCGAAUCCCCAACAGCAGCCGCAGCAGCAGCAGCUGAGUAGCCGAGUAGCUGAGCAAAGCGUUGAGCGACUGUGGCAGUUACUAAAUCGACGUGCUGUUAGUAACAACUCGGCACGCGUGUGGCAAUAUUAAACGGGGGAAAAAUAUCAUAUAUAGAAGGAAUAUUUAAAAAAAAAAUACAUAAUAUACAUAUAUAUUUUUUUAAAUUUAUUAUUCAUUAAUUUAAGAAAGAAAAGUUAAAAAAAAACCCAUCAAGUGUCGUGUUUCAAGCGAUUUUUUGUGGUUUUCGGUUAAUAAAAAGCGUUAAUAAAUUCGUGCGCCUAAAUUAAAUACAAAUUCAUAUAUAUAAUUUUUGGUAUAUACAUACAUAUAAACAAAACGCGGCGUUUGUUAGCGUUGCAACGUGUGUCGAGAAGUGAAAGUGACGGCUUGUUUGUUGUGUUGAUUAACAGAGUUGGUAACGUAAAAGUUUAGAUAAAAAACUGACUAUAAAACCACAACAGCAGCAACAACAUGAGUGCAGUCGAUGCGGUAUUGAGUUUCAAACGAAGUCCCGACGAAGAUUUCUAUGGAAUGCUCAAUUGCGAUGAGAACUCAUCGAUUGAGCAAAUUCAAGCUGAGUACAAAAUUUUGGCUCUACAAUUUCAUCCGGAUAAGAAUGAUGGAGAUAAGGACGCAGAGGCCAAAUUUCAAAAAUUAAAGGAGGCGAAGGAAACACUCUGCGAUCCGGAGAAGCGCGCCAACUAUGAUAAAUGGCGUAAUAGUGGCAUCGCCAUGAGCUACAAGAAUUGGUUGGGUAUGAAGGAGCAUGUCGGACAGGUGAGAAGAUACACAAUCGCUGAGAAAGUGGAUAAGGAGUCUAUGCAUUGGGCCACACCGAAGACUAAAGAUCGCAUGUUGCCCGAAUCGGGCGCCACCACUGGCGCUGGCAGCAGCGGUGGCUUGUCGGCGGCAUCACCGAACCCAGCACAUCGCCGUGCCUCCGAGGGUGGUGCUGCGCUCUACUAUGGCAAUAGAAAGACCGAAUGGGGCACAGAGAAUUCCGAUGUGGCCAAUAAGUUUCGUAAUUAUGAAAUUUAAAGCGUGAGCAGAAAUUACAAUACAACAAAAUUUGACAUAACAACACACAAUAAAUUAAUAAAAAUAUAAUUUUAAAAAAUAAUAAAAUAAAAAAAAAAAUCACUUAAAACUCGUUGAAGGAAGCUAAGGGAGGAGCCAGUGGCUGCGCAUUUGUAGCGCUGAAAACUUAACCAAGAAAUAUAAAAAAUUUAUUAGACACCGGAAAAGGCAGUUAUACCUACAUACAAAAAAAAAUACUUUACACAGCAAAAAAAAAAUUUAAAAAAAAAUUGAAAAUAAUUUUUCUCUACAUUUUAUGACUGCACAACUACAUAUAUAAAUGAAGGAAUUCGUAAAUGGCGGUCACACGCCUCAUGACCCACGAUUUAGUAGAGCCCAUAAAAAAAUUUAGAUGAAUUUUAUCAUAUCCAAAUGAAAUUUCAAAACUUAUUAUCUAAAUGUAUACACUGAAUGUUUUGACAAAAUACAUAUAUAUAUAUAGCUGUUACUUAUUAAAUAUAUGGUAUUUAGAAAGAUUAUUAUUAAUUAUAUAUAAAACACAUGUAUUUAUAUAUAUAUAUGUAUAUGUAUAAACGUAUAUGUUUAAAAGUGCAAGUAAAAUAUAUUAAAAAAUAUGAAAUUAAGAAACUGUAAUUUCAAUAAACGCCUAAAGUAGCAAACGAAGAAGAGAAAAAUGAUGGAAAAAUUAGAAAAAUUAAAAUUUUAAAACAAUUUAAUUAAUGAAAAAAGGAUUUAUUUAUAAUAAAUGUAAACCAAAUAUUGCAAAAAAAUAUGAAAAAUGUAUAUUUUAAGAAAAUAUUACAAAAACAAAAACUUAUAAAUAUAACUAUAAACAGAUGAAAAUACUAUUGUUUUAAAUUAAUGUAUUUAUUUAAUGUAAAUGUAUAAACAAAAACAUGUUGAAAAUGGAUUUAUGAAUACUACAUACAUAUACUUAUAUGGAUAUGUAUGUAUAUUAUAAUAUUAAGCUAUGAACUGCAUUGAAGAAAUAAAAAUAUCACUAUUGAUGUUACAUGUGUGCCCCUUAUGACAAUCCCUGUUUUUGAAAACUUUACCAAACACUCAAUGUGCGAAGCAAAACUGUAAAAAAAAUACAAAAAAAAAAUACAAAAAAAAAUACAAAAAAAUAUUUGUAAUAUUUACUCUAUAAAAAAGAUGGCAAACUGCUUGACCGAAGCUAUUACUUACCACGCGCAGGCAAUUGAGAGUUUAAGUCCAUACAUACAUAUUUAUGUAUAUCAAAUGAAAUGCGUAGAACUAAAAAUCAAAUCUGAAGCGAAUUUAAAAAAUAUAAGAAAUUGAAAUUAAAAUGAAAAUAAAACUCUAAAUCAUUAAAUGAAGAAACUUUGAAAAAAAAAUAAAAAAAAUAAAAUAAAAAUAUUAUUUAACACUUUAGAUACCAGCAGCCGCAAAGAUAGUUUAAAAUCUAAAAGAAAAAAAACACACAAAAAAAUAUUGGGAAAUAAUGCAUAUAAUAUUAGUUUCCGUUGCCUAAACGGUAUCUGAUGUACCGCACAAUAAAGCAAAAGUCAUAGAAAAUUAAUUAAAA